AUGGGCAUUUUGUUAGAUAAAGAUAAAACGUGUUAUAAUCCAGGUAGAAGAGCUUUAGCUAAAAUAUGCUUAUGUAGUCUAUGGGGAAAAUUUGGACAAAGACAAAAUAUGAAGAAAACUAAAUUUAUUACUGACUCUAAAAGUUUCUAUAAAAUACUAUUAGAUGAAAGAUUAGAAAACAUCAAUAUAACAAUAUUAAAUGAUAAUAUGUUACAAAUGGCAUACAACUUUAAAGAUCAAUAUGUAGAAAAUAAUCAUAACACCAAUAUUUUAAUGGCUUUAUUUACCACUUCAAGUGCAAGAUUAAGACUUUAUAAAAUAUUAGAUAAACUAGGUAGAGCUGUAAUUUAUUUUGAUACGGAUUCUAUUUUCUAUAUAGAUAACGGUUAUAAUACAAUUAAAACAGAAGAAAUGCUAGGAGAAUGGAAUGAUGAACUUGGUGAAGGUGUAUAUAUAACAGACUGGGCUUCAACUGGUCCUAAAAGCUAUUAUUAUAAAACAAAUAAAAAUAAUUGUAAAACAGUAAUAAAAGGAUUUACUUUAAAUUAUCAAAAUUUACAAAAACUUAAUGGAGAAUCAAUGAUUAAAUUAAUUGAAGAAAAUAACAGAGAGAAUAGUGUUGAAUUAGAAUACAAUCAAAUGGUACCAGACAAAAUUAGUAAAAAUAUAAUUAAUAAAAAAACUAAAAAAAAAUUCACAUUCGAUUAUGACAAAAGAAUAAUAUUAUCAAAUUAUGACACAGUACCAUAUGGGUAUAAAUUAAGUUAA